CUGAAUUUCUGCGCUGAGCAGUCCACGAUCUCGCCAGGCCGCAUAUCAAACGCCCUUAAUCGACGGAGAAGUCCUCGACUACAGUAGCGACGUCGACUUCUCUGGAAGACCCAAUUACGACGUCCAUUCGUGUUAUGCGGCCAAGGCCAACGCCCUGAAAAGUCGGCACUUGGACCCCAGCCAGACUUUACAGCGAUCGCCUGGUUGGGACGCUUUGCGCGGCGAGAUCCAUACAUCGAGCGGCACUGGACGUGUGAUUUUUUCCUCCCUUCGAUAUUCUUUAGCAUCGUGUAGGCACUGGACGUGCGCGGCUCGAUAAUCGCCAUGGAGCAAGGGCUGUUGGACGACCUCAAUGUCGGCCCCGAGGUGGAAGAGUUUGCCAACGCCCUUGACAACUGCCUCUCGCCAUUCCUGUCGCUAGAAGACAAACGAGCCCGACUUCUCGACCUCCCCCGAAAAUACUACGAAAAUGCAUCCCGACGGCUGCAACAGGCGCGGCCGAAGCGAGCUCGCAGCGGCUAUGACGAUGUAGACAUGGAUGCCGAUGAGAUCGAGACGGCAGAUGGCCUCUCUGGAGAGGAUGAUGAGAUUAAGCAGCUGGAGAAGGAAGUGCAGACCUGGGAUUUAAUUCGACGACUGUUACCACUACGAUACGCGGCGCCAGAAUCGAAUGCCAACGAUCGGCCGUCAAUAGAAACAGGCUCGACGCAGUCCGAUAUGCUACUCGAGUUCCUUCUUGCGGAUCCUACAGCUCAGGAGCGCCACGCAGUUCUCCAGUGGCUUCAGAGUAAUGCGGCUGCUGGCCCAGAUAUUGAUGAUCUGGCACGAGAUCUCCUGAAGCAAGCCGACAGGGGGGAUAUCGUUGCUCAUGGCUGGCUCCACACCCGAGCAACUAUCAAGCUACGCAAGAACCUGACGGCAUGGCACGGUCUACUGGAUAACCAGGGUCCUAAAGUCAUGGAGUCCCACGUUGGCAAGGACGGCGCCCCUCUGAUUACGCAGCUGGAUCCCGAUGCUAUUACUCGUCAAGGACGGAAACUCGAACCCGCAGACGAGUACUUUGAGCGUGCUAUUUGGCUGGGCUGCUUUGAACACCUUCGUCGUGGCAGCAGCCUGGAAGAGCUGCGUGAGUGGUGCCAAGAGCGCACCGAAAUGUGGCGCGCUGUUUCCAUGUCUGCCAUGCCUCUCUCCGUUGAUGACAACACCGCCCCUGUCGAUGACUUGAAACCUGAAUCGCUGGCUCUCUGGAGACGCACGUGCUUUGCCCUGGCUCGUCAGGGAGGCUCGGAUGAUUAUGAGCGUGCGGUAUAUGGCUUGCUCUCGGGCGACAUUAGCAGUGUUGAGAAGAUUGCCAGGAGAUGGGACGACUUCCUCUUUGCCAAUUACAACGCCCUCUUGCGAACGCAGUUCGACACUUAUGUACUGAGCCGAUGCUCACCAAAUAUGAGCUCGACUUUGACCCAAAAUUUUGCCUCCUUUGAUGCCGUUCAGUUUUUGGGAGACCCACGAGGCGUUGAAAAGAGACUCGUUCGCUCGCUAGAGUCACAGGAAAGGGUCCGCGACGAGGCAACAGAGCCCAGUAAAGCUCUGCAAGCCGCGUUCAUUGCUAAAGAAGUCGGGCGUCACUUGUACGAACAAGGCCUCGUCAUGACUGCGGAUGCAAAUUCGAACGGCCAAUCCAUUCUUCUGCCUUCUUCCAAGGCCAUCGACCCUACUAUUGUGAAGAAGAAGUACUUUAGCCUGGAUCAGCAUCAAGGGCUCCGUCUUGUGUCCCACAUCUUUGUGAUCACCACACUAAUGGAGAAGCUCAACUCUGCCCAGGGAAUCAUCUCUGGCUCUUUAACGCCGCCGCAGUGGUUAUCUGGCCAGGAAAGUAUUCUAGCGGGGUAUACCGACUACUUGCGCCGCGCUGGUCUCCAAGAGCUCAUCCCUCUGUAUUGCUCAAUACUACAGGCGCCAAGGCAGUACGACGUUCUGAGCUGGAAUCUAAUUCACGAAGAGGAUCCUGAACAGCGUCUGCUACAGCUGAAACUGAUAAAGAAGGCUGGAAUCGACGUGUUGAAGUUUGUAGAGAGGCAGGUAUGGCUCUUUUACGACGCUUUGGGAGAGAAAGCUCGCCAGCAAGCCUCAUUCAGCAUCAUCAGCGAUGCUCCCUCCACACCACAAUUUGGAAAAUUGAUCAAGGCAGACUUCUUUGGUUAUGAGGAGGGUGUUGUGCAGAAUGACCACGACCGGGUCAUAUGUGCAUUGGAGUGGCUUAUGAUGGUAGAUGGGAUGUGGCCCGAAGUCUUUUCCACGGGAACAAAGGUUUACAAGUUCUUCUUGCGAAGCGCGAACCUGGGAGCAGCCCGCCGGCUCCUGGAAAAGAUUUCAUUUGACAAGAUCAUUCAAGGGAUAUCUGGGCAGGAAGAAACUGAUGAUGUGUGGUAUGAGGAUGUCGACUUCUGGGCCAGGCUGCUGGAGCGUAGCGAAAUUUCCAAUAUGAACCCCGAGCGAGUCAUGGCAGAAGCGCGAAAUUUCCGUGCGCUCGAAGCUCUCGUCAAGGCUUUGGAUGCCUUGGAGACAGUAGCCUCACUGAUGAUUCUCUCGACUGAACUCACUCAUGGAGACCGGGACUUCUGGGGCCAAGCCAGCGAGGGCAUCAAGAACGUCAAAGAUUUUAUGAAGCCCUUGCUGAAGGGAUGGCUGAUACCGGCAAUCAAGGGUGGAGACGUAGAGUUGCGAGACAUUCGAGCUGCAUACUUGCCAGAGGCCGUCUUGGCGUACAUCAGCGCUCUUCAAUUUGCCGGCACUGGCCUGUCCCGAGAUAACCUGCUGGAGUGUAUGGAGCUCGCAUCCCUGGUAGCAGAGCGCGAUUCAGACCUCAAAGACGCCUUCCAAGACGCUAGUCGCAUGACGGAGCUCGUCGAGGCCUUUGCAGCCUGCAGCAAAGCGCUGGCCAUUGCCACCGGCGAGAAGAGGCCAUCUGGCUCUGGCAGCAAGAGAUUGCGGGAGAUGGGAUGGUCGCGAGAUUUGUGGUCUGUUAAGCCAGCAUCUGGCGACGCGAGUGUGAUUGGACCUGCCUAAAUUUGCCUGCAGCAAAUCAUAUUCUCCCCGACCCCCAGGUUCUCUCUCUCUCUCUCUCCUGUAUAGCAUGUGUGAAAUUUUCAUUUUUUCUUUGUUCGGGGCCAGUUGGGAUAAAUUAAGGGCUUUAUGGGAUUUACUUUAUUUUUUUUCUUUCUCCUUGCUAUGUUUCUAGGUGUUGUAUGGUACUUUAUAAUAGGUGGGGGGAAAGGAGAGAAAGCAUAACAAGCGCUGGGAGAUUGCUCUACUUUUUUUUUAUAUUAAAAAAGAAAAAUGGAGAGGAAACGAGAAUAUGGACGAGAGGAAUACAUUGUGUGUGUGUGUGUGUUGAGAUGUUGGACGGCUUUAUCCACGCGGUUACAUACCCAUACCCAUGCAGAUAAUAGAAGCAUCAUAUGAAAGCCAUAUCACCUUGCUCUUCCAUCCCUUCUUUUCUGGGCAGGCGUUCCUUCCGUAGUAUUGUAUUCGGUAUACUGAGGCAAAGAGGAGAAGCCAC